AUGGAGGUUUCACAAACUUUAUACUGUAGUCAUUACAAUAAUAAACAACAAAUACUUCUGGUCGGAGAAGGAGACUUUUCCUUUUCUCUAUGCCUUGCCAGAGCCUUUGGUACGGCUACUAACAUGACUGCAACUUCUCUAGAUACUCGAGUGGAGUUAGAGCUGAAGUACAAGGAUGCGAAAAAUAAUGUAGAAGAGUUGGAGAGACUUGGAUGCACUGUCGUCCACGGUGUUAAUGUGCACUCCAUGAACACAGAUUAUCGUGUCGUCAGAUGGAUUCUAUAUGAUAGAAUCAUCUUUAAUUUUCCUCAUGCAGGGAAUCACCAAGAAGUGGUGAGAGAAUUUUUGAGGAGUGCUAAAGAGAUGGUUAAAUACUACGGCGGAGAGAUUCAUGUGACUCAUAAGACGGCAUAUCCAUUUGCCAGUUGGAAUAUAAAAGAUUUGGGUUCAGAAAUGGGUUUGUUGUUUUCCAGAGAAGUGGUGUUUGGCACAUGGCAAUAUCCAGGUUACUCCAACAAGAGAGGAAGUGGAAUUCACUGUGACUCAAGCUUCCCUAUUGGACAAUCUUCUACUUUCAUGUUUAGGAAACGGUUGUUCUCUUAG